AGGCAGUCUCCCAGUCACAGUCAGAGUGUGGGUGUACUGUGCAGUCACUGGGUCAUUCAACACAGUCUCAGUUGUUCCUUGGGUGACAGUGGUGGAGUCUCUGGUCCAAGUGACAGUGGUAGCAGGUCCACCAGUGGAGAUACAGGCCAGGGUGAACUGAGGACUGGCUCCAAGGGCUUCGGAGAACUCAAUUUCACCUGC